AUGAGUCAGGUGUUCAUCCUGAAGCGUGUUUUCAGUCGGUGUACGAGACCGCUUCUACCAGUGGUAGAACGAAACAGCGGAGCAGCGAGCUGCUUCGUCACUGGGUACCACGGGGCUGCGCUCUCGACGCAAGCGGACACGGUUCCGAGCGUGCGCCCCGGCACCGCUCCGCGGGUGCUCAAGUCGUCUGCUCCAUCGCUGCCGGUGGGCAUGCACCCGGAAGGAAAGUUAGAGUAUGCCGUAUCGAAGCUGGACGACUUGGUGAACUGGGCGAGGCGGAGCUCGGCGUGGCCGAUGACGUUUGGUCUCGCGUGCUGCGCAGUCGAGAUGAUGCACGCAGCUGCCGCGCGCUACGACUUUGAUCGAUUCGGCAUCAUCUUUCGACCAUCACCGCGGCAGAGUGAUGUUAUGAUCGUGGCCGGGACUUUGACGAAUAAAAUGGCACCAGCUUUACGGAAAGUGUAUGAUCAAAUGUCGGAGCCGCGCUGGGUCAUCAGCAUGGGGUCUUGCGCGAACGGCGGUGGCUACUACCACUACAGUUACUCGGUGGUGCGCGGUUGCGAUCGAAUCGUCCCCGUUGACAUAUAUGUACCGGGUUGUCCGCCGACUGCGGAGGCCUUGGUCUACGGUGUAUUACAGUUACAGAAGAAGAUGAAACGCCAACAGACUUUGCUCGCUUGGAUGAAGAAGUGA